AUGGCGUACUCAUCGUUAUCAGUUGGGCUCGUUUGCUUGAUCUGCCUGCUCGCGUUCGCCGAAUCAGCUUAUGCCUUUGGGGCAGGAAACAUCGGAAGUACCUCCAAAAUCGAGGGACAGAACUGGCGCCAUGGGGAUUUGGAAGAUAUUCUUUUGACGAUCCUCAUGGCACGUGCUGCCGGUGGCAAGAAAUUCAGCAAGCUUGAUGUGAAGAGAGUCUACUUUGGAAAUUGGCUUCGUGACUAUAGCCAGGCCGUUGAUGUUGGAACUGUCAAAUAUGUCAGCGCCGAAGCAAUCCGCAUCCUUUUAUGGGUCUUGGGCUUUAUGUCUUUUGGUUAUGGAACCAAAGAAUUCGAGGUCACCACGGCCCGUCUCGGUUGCUAUCGUCCGGAAGAGCACAUUGACAACCCAAAGAACUAUGCGGACAAUGAAGACGCUAGGCAGUACGAUCGUCGCCUUCGAGGACCUGUCAACGAACGUCGCGAACUUUCCAUCGAUGAGCAAACAGGCAUGAAAAACUACAUUGCCAAUGAACGUGCUGGUAUCGACACCUCAGCUGGCCUUGUUCGAAAACUUUUCGGUCGUUCUAUCCAGCUCGGGCGACAAUACGCCAGAUCAAAGAACAAGGACGAUCUUUACGAAGCCCUCCGUCUUCUUGGCACUGGGUGUCACUGCCUUGAAGACUUUUCUGCCCAUUCUAACUACGUGGAACUUGCUCUGAUCGAGCUCGGCGAGCGGAAUGUCUUUCCACAUGUCGGAAGGCGAACUCAAGUACAACUCCGAGAACUGCGCCAGCCGGUAUAUCCCCUUUGCACCGGAACAUUCGGCGGUGUCGACUUCUUGCAUUCUGUAAUGGGCGAAUUCGACGACAAGGCCACUCAGUCAGAGAUUCAGGAACUCGAAAAUACCAUGAAUCAGGCUCAAAACAAUCAAUCGGAUACCAGCAUGCUUCAGGACCUCCUUGACAAAGUGCCUGACGGAAUUUUUGGUGGCCAAAAUGAGUCCCAAAAGGCAGAUGACCUUAAGCAGAACGCCCAAGCCCAUCAGAUGCAGAAUACGCGAAUUAGCCCUCGAGAGCCAGAGGAAUGGUUGAGUUACAUAAAUGACAUACAAGAGCAGAUCUACCCAAUUCUUGAAUGGCACGACGAAGUCAUGAAAUCAAUCACCGAGGCUAUCGAGAAGAUUCCUAUCCUACCAGAUCUGAUCGAGCAAAUUCAAGAACAAAUCAACAUCUUCGUCUUUUCCCUGCUGGCACCAUUUGUUGUCCCUAUCAUCAACCAAGUGAAGAAUGAGCUGAACACUGGUUCGAGCGAGAUCAUCGAAUCCAGUGCCGCACAGCAGCAUAUUGUCUUCAGAGAUGAUAGUUCCUCCGACCCUACCCAUUCAAUGCUAUCCAAAGACCACUUCUCAAACGUCCUCAACGAACCGGCCGGCAAAGUUGCUGGCCAAGUCCUCAAGUGGGUCGUUCCUCAGCUCAUGGCUUGCUGGGAUGACGAGCGGAUCGAUGUUGACAGAACACUAACAAGAAUAAUCAAUGGAACUCUUCAUCAUCCAGCUUUGCGUGACUAUGGUCAAGAUGGGGCGGCCGAUGGUCGUCGGCUCAUGUUUGGAGUCGUCCAAACCUGGUGGGAAGAAAAGUCUGAGCGCGAAAAGGAUGGUCUCAGGGAGCAGCUCAGUCGCAGUGGAGUUGAGAGUGGCCGAAACCAUAAGCCCGGAGUGGUGGAUCAUGGUCAUGGUUGCAACAAACCGCUAGGAAUGCCUAAUCUCAAUACUGCUCAGAGCUCCUCAGCAAUCGGCGGCCCUGCAGCGUCUGCAGUAAUGGGAGGCUUGUCUGGAGCUCUUGCAAGUGGCACUGGUGGCGGUCAGAAGUAUGGUUCGGGAGGCAACAACGAGCUUGGAAAAAUAGCGGGUGAAGCGGUUGGCGGUGGUGUGGUCGGAUCCAUAGUCGGGGGUCUGGCAGGUGGUCUUUUAGGAGGCGCAUUCGGGGAAGGAGAAAAGAAGUCAAAGAAGACUGAGAGUUACGGCCGAGAUGGCUCUCACAACGAAACGUACAGCGAGUAUGGCCAGUCGGGCAACACUUACGGACAAGCUCAAUUUUCCAGAACUGAUGCACCAGGUGGCCGCCAGGAAGAGUACACGCGCUACGAACAAAAGCCGGCCGCCUCCGGUGGCUAUGGAUCUCAGCGGUUCACCGAGACAGCCCGGUACGACGAUUCUGGAAAUCAGACUUAUCAUCAUGAAGAGCGCUCCUCAGGAGCCGAGUAUGGAUCGGAGACCCGGCGCUACGGCUCUGGAGGCUACCCUGGCAAAUCCUCCCACAAGAAGGACAAAUCAGAUGAUGACGACUCCGACGACGAGUACAAGAAACAGAAGAAGCGCGAAAAGAAGGAAAAGAAAGAGAAAAAGAAACAUGGCCAUAAAAAACACUCUGAUGAUGAUGACGACGACAGUGAAGAUUCUAACAAGAAAAAAUAUAGGGACGAAUACACUAGCUCUGGAAACCCGUACGGUGGUCAACGUCGCAGCAGCAAUGAACACAGAGGUCAACGCUAUGGCAGCAAUGAGUAUGGCGGUGAGCGGACUUCUGGCUAUGGUAACACACGAGAGUCGGAUUACGCUGGAGCCCGCCGAGACGAUGGCGAGUCUGGAUACGGGCGCAGGACCGGUGGUGGCGGUGACAACGAAUAUGGGAGCAGCACGUAUGGACGAGAGUCGCGUCACACCGGAGGUCGUCGAGAUGAAGACGAGUACGGUGGCAGUCAUCAGACCGGGUUUGGACACGGAGUCAGAACGUCUGAGCGCGAGUCUGGAUACUCUAGAGGCGGCCGAGAAGACGACGAAUAUAGCAGCAACCGCCAGGCUGGUGGCUAUGGGGACAGCAGCACCUACGGCCGUGAAGCGACUUCUGGAUAUGGCAGCGGCGGCAAUACCUACGGUCGAGAGACAAGCGGUGGCUACGGCUCCAAUACCUAUGGACGAGGCGCCUCGGACUCCUAUGGUGGUGCUGAUGCUCACACUGGUGGCUAUCGUGGCAAUGACGAUGAUAACCAGGGCUAUGGCCGCUCUCGACCUGCCUACGGUGGUGACGAAACUGAACAGAUGCCCGGCGGGUUUGGGAACGAUGAUGAAGAUCAAAGCUACGGUCGCUCUGGCAACCGGGGCUAUGGCCGCUCUUCUGGUGGUGCAGGGUAUGGUGGUGAUGAUAGGGAGCAGAUGCCUGGUGGGUUUGGUGGUGGUGAUUAUGAUGAUGAGGGAGAGCGACGCCGUCGCUACGAAUACUAG